AUGUUUUUCAGCAAACGACUUGUUUGUUUCUAUUGUGGCCAAAAAUCUGGUCAUAAAUUUGAUGGUUCACUCUCUCAAUUUGAUUGUGAUAGUUGCCAGGCAAGAAAUUACCUGGAUCAAAAUGGAGAUAUCACCGAUCCUCCAGUUUCAAUCACUGAAACAACUUCCAACAAUCAAUUUGCAUAUUCGAGCGACUCAAGUCAUACCAUCAAGUCACCUAUUUUCUGUGAACGUUGUCUAUUUAACCAGCAAUACCAAUAUGACAUUCUAAAACAAUUUAAUGUCCAAUUUGAUUCUCGACACCCAGAAUAUCAGAUUGGCGAAGAAAAAAUUCGUAUUGCUAAAAUUGAUCUCGAUAAGCGUUACCCGAUGGUUUGCGAAGAAUGCGCACCUAAAGCUCAGGAACAACGGGACAAAGCAGACAAAUUUGCAAAAUCAGAUUGGCUUGGAAGAUUGAAUGCCCUCAGCGAAUUAAUCAGAAGGCAAAAGACAUGGAAGGAUACCUUUCAAAACGUCAUAUAUCAAACCCUCCUCUACCCAAUUGUAUCAAAAGUCUGGUACAUUGUUGUCAUUGGACAAAUCAUCACCCUUAUUAUGGCCCUCUUCAAUGCCACAAACAUCCUGGAUAAGACCUUGAACUUCGUCCCCUACUUAUCGGCUGAUUUGAUACUUAAAAUCACCUCUUUCUUCGCAUCGAAGAAAGACCUUGGAUGGGGCAUUCUUUGCAACUUUCUGUCAUGCGGCAUGAAUCCAUUUUUCUCAAGAUGGUAUCCAAGAGGAAACACGAGACGUGUCUCUGGCUUCUUUAACUGGUAUGGAUACCAACUACUUCUACAAUUGGUUUUGCGAGCACUUGUUUAUUCCAUUUUCGAAAGUGGACGUUUUACAUACCUCUCCUCCUUCAGCACGAUGAUAGUAAAUAUCUGUACUAUCUUCUUCAAUAUUAUUAUAGUAUACGGAUCACGUUUUUACCUUGGUCCUAAGAAAAUCUCACUCUGGAAGUCAACUCCAGGGCCAAUAUUUUCACCACUGAAAUUCGAGACGUCAGAAAAACCCAGCAAUACAAUGGCAGGUAUUCUUGAUGAAAUCAUGGCCCCAACACCAAAGGCCGAUCAACUAUCACCUUCCCCACCAACAAACCACGCACAACGAAGCAGCCCGAAAAACCAAGAACGACCAGACCAUCGUGCUUAUCAAAAUCAAACAUUUGGUUUCCGUGAAAAGACAUCCACAGAAACCUACGAUCCAAAUUAUAAUCGACGUUAUGAAAUUCCCAAACAAACGGAACUUCUUCUAAGGACUGACACUUCUGGCUUGAACCCAGCCGAAAUAUCUCAUUAUUUGGCUACUGGUGAGCGACCAGAGUGGAAAAUACAAGAAGGCGAGGAGAUGGACUGGGAUCAUACCAUCACUCGUGUAAAACAUGACUUCAAAAUCCGAAAUCGUGCUUUGGACACGGUAACAAAUUCCGAGACCCAAGUUCAACCUUUCGGUCAAUCAUCACCCUUUUUACAAUCCCCGACUUCAUUCGAUGGGCCAUCUCCAUUCUAUGGCAAACUUCCAGCUGCCCCAAUCAGUCCAGCCCAUCGACUCCGCAAUCCUCCUAACAGACCACGACUUGAUGUGCCAUCAGCCCAGAAAAAAGAAAACUUCUUCAACAGCAUGACGCAAAAGCCAGCUUUUGGCAAAGCAAACGCCAAUCACCAUGAAAUGCAUAUUGCGGAACAAAAACUUCAUAUCCCAAACCCUGCAGCAUAUCGACUGGAUCCCGAUUUUGCAGAAGCAUUUGGGAAAUUUUCCCUCACAGAAGAGCCGGACAUGCCAAACAAAGAGUCGGGAAAAUUGAGCAUGGGUAGAGCUAUGGGAUUAAGUUUGUUGCUUGGUGGAUUGGCCUUAGGUGCAGGAGCCUAUUAUAAGUCCAAGUCCGCGUUGCAAGAUGAGACUUUCUUGUCACCUGACGCAGUGGAAUUAAAAAACACCUCUACUUCGUAG